AGCCAUUUUGUCUCAAGCAAGUUGGGUUUAAGCCACGUGGCUCAGGCCGUUUCAACUCUUGAGUUCGGGUGGCUCCGCUUUUACUUAGAUGAGCUUUGACGAGGAAAAUUUUGAUAUUUCGAUGAUCGACACUCAGGAACACAGGGACACGUUUGCGACCCUGUACCAGUACCAUCUAUUGGUGCCCUCAGACGGCGCGACCAGGCCGUGGUAUUAUUGCAUCUUCAUAUGGUAUCCAUACGUCGCCAAUGUCAUAGUAGUUGUAUUGGUGCUUUCUGCCUACUUCUCUUUCUUCCUGGACCCAGUGCACACCUGGGCAUCGAGCCACCUGAGUGUACCUUCGUCAACUAUCUCAGAAGUCCUCGCGCUGCACAGGGAUAAAUCCGACCCGUUUACAAGGUCUGUCUGGGUGGCUUGCGUGAUAGUUCUCUCCUCAUCCCUCUGCUUCGCGUUUGGCCCUUUGAGGGACAUUGCCAACAUCAGCUCUCGGUCUUUCCACUGGCUGGUAUUCGGCGCAUUGAACCGUGGGGUUAGUUUGUACGACGUCACACCUGACCAAGUGGCUACUUAUUGUAACCGGUGUACGCGAAUGACUCAAGCAAUGCGGCAGAACGUCAUUGUGUUGAUGAGCAUGGCGCUGGUAACUUUCGGCAUCGUGUCGCUGCCAACUUCGGAAACCACAACGUGCGACACGGCGAGUAGUUCUGAGGUUUCGGCGCAGCAGAUGUGGCAUUCGAUCGCCCUGCGGCUGCUGUUCCUAGUGUCCGUUUGCGGUGGGGUGUAUGGAGUCUGUCAUGUUGUUUACUCCACUUCAUGUGCGAUCGACCAGGAUGUGUUUGUUUUGUAUCUUCCAGCUCUCCUUACAAACCUACCCGUAUGCCUUCUAGAGCUUAUUGGGGCCGUUUUCUUCUUCCUCAUGAUGGGGCAGGAUCGCCAUUUGGACGAGUUCUGUCCCACAGCCACGACAAUGAACAAGACGGAUUUGGAAUACUACGUGAAUUGGGCAGCGGCCCAGAGAUCCUUUGCGCACGAAGCAGAAGCGUUGAGCUUCUUGCUCUUCGGGCGAUGGGUCAGAUCAUAUGGCGAUCUCGCUGUUAAACUUCUAUUAGUGACGACCUCAGAUUUCGUUCAGGACUUGAAUUUCCCUGACCGGACAGUACUCAUUUAAUGGGUUCUGCAUCUGGUGGUUUAUUGGGGUGUGCUUGUAGUUUAUUAUUUCGCGUUGACAGCGAGUUUGCGUGCACCAGAGUCGGGACAGGAACCCUAUGAUUUCUGCAAAGGCGGCGCACAUGCCGCGUGGGGCUGCACUGUUUUCAAAAGCAGCGCCGACGCAUUCUGCGAGAAAGCAUUUUGACGACGCAAUGUGUCAGGACAGGUGCACACAUUAAACUACCAUUCCAAGUACAAGAUGUUCAGGGGCCGCGCUAUGCUCGGCAGGCGCUGCAUCUUAUUGUUGGCUCUUAUCUGGGGGACGCAAUGGGAUGGCCUUUCCCAUAGGGUCCCGCUGCAUGCUGCCGCCGGUCAUAUUGAGCUGCUGCAGGGAUGCUAGUUGCCUCUCUUCUCCCCUCUGCACCCUGUCCAUCCCUCUUUUCCUCUCUUUCUCUCUCUCUUUCUCUCUUUCUGUCUCUCUCUCUCUCUCUCUCUUUCUCCGUGUCUCUACAUCAUCACAGUUACUCUGCCGAGCUUGUUUGACAACAGAGAACAUCGGA